CUGUGUUUACUGUGUUUACUGUGUUUGAUCUGAUCUGAACUGAAGAACUGUGGAUGCUGUGCUUUACUGAAAGGGAUGAAUGUCUUCACGGCUGAUAUUUACGAACACAGUCACUCCUGCAAACGUUAAGCGCUGAAGAUGAUGCCGCUGUCCGCCAGAGGCCUGUGUUUCCUCCUCACGCUGUUCCUGGGCAGCUUCUUCGGGAGUGUGUUCCUGCUGGGUCCGGUUCUGCCGCUCAUGCUGGUGUCGCCGGCCUGGUACCGCUGGAUCACGGACCGCAUCGUGGCCACAUGGCUCACGCUCCCCGUGGCGCUGCUGGAGCUGGUGUUCGGGGUGAAGGUGGUCAUCACGGGCGACGGCUUCGUUCCCGGCGAGCGCAGCGUCAUCAUCAUGAACCACCGCACGCGUCUGGACUGGAUGUUCCUGUGGUGUUGUCUCCUGCGCUUCAGUUUCCUGCGUCUGGAGAAGAUCUGCCUCAAGGCCGCGCUCAAGGCCGUGCCCGGCUUCGGCUGGGCGAUGCAAGUGGCCUCCUUCAUCUUCAUCCACCGCCGCUGGGAGGAAGAUCGCACACACAUGUCCAACAUGCUUCAGUAUUUCUGCCACAUCAAGGAGCCGCUGCAGCUCCUGCUGUUCCCCGAAGGCACCGACCUCACCGAAAACACUCGAGCCAGGAGUGACGAGUUUGCAGAGAAGAACGGUCUUCCGAAGUACGAGUUCGUUCUUCAUCCUCGUACCACCGGCUUCACCUUCAUCGUUGACACGCUGCGGAAAGGAGAUAACCUGGACGCGGUCCACGAUAUAACGGUGGCGUAUCCACAGAACAUCCCUCAGACUGAGCGGCACCUGGUUCUGGGUCUGUUUCCCCGGGAGAUCCACUUCCACGUGCGGCGCUACGGUGUGUCGGUUCUGCCCAGAUGUGCACCGGAUCUGCAGCUGUGGUGUCAGGAGCGCUGGCGGGAGAAGGAGAACCGGCUCAGCGAGUUCUACCGGGCCGACCCGCGCCGCUUCGACGAGCCCGAGGCCCGCGUGCCGCCCUGUAAGAGCCAACUCAGGGUGUCCCUCAUCAAAGCCGGGUCGCUGGUGUUCUGGACCGGCUUCAUCAGCGCCUCCUGCCUCGGCCUGUGGCUCUGGGCUCCCUUACGCAUCUACUUCCUGCUCAUGGUGAUCUUCUUCCUGGGUCAGCAGAGGGUCACGGGGGGGGUGGAGCUGAUGGAGCUAGCGUGUCACCGCUACUGGAGCUCGCAGGGAGGAGGAGUGGAGGAGAAGGAGGAGUGAGGAGAGGCUGGUGUGUGUGUUAGCGUGUUAGCGAUCGGCCACAGCGCCUCCUGCUGGCGAGAGGACGAAGCGCAGCUCCUAAUGUGAGACUCGCACAGAGGGAUUCCACUCAUUCUCUGACAUUAUAAACGCAUCAUGCGAGCGCUGGCUGUACAUUUAUCACUGUGCGAACGAAUGUCAUGCCUGUGGAAGCUUGUUCCAUCAUGGAGUUAAAAAAAGGUAAUUGCAACUUUUUCUCUCAGAAAAAGAACACUCAGAAUUGUGAGAUUUGCAAUUUGUGAGAAAAAAGUUGCAAUUACCUUUAUCCUGUGGUGAAAGCAAGAUGACAGAAUUGAGAGACAAAGUCAAAAUUGCAAAAUGUAAACGCAAUUCUGAAAAAAAAAUGUUGCAAGAUAUAAAUGCGCAGUUGUGAGAGAGAAAAAAUCGCGAUUAUCGUUGUUAUUUUUUAUUCAGUGGCAGAAACAAGCUUCCAUACGUACCUGA